CAAAAAUUAUCAUUUCCUAAUCAUGAGUUUUUAACGAAUAAGCGACUAAAUUUUUGUUUUUAAAAUAUUCGAAUUCAGAUAUGUAUUUUAAAUAAAUAACGAAAAAUGCUUUCAAACAAGAAAACUGAGAAGAGUGAUUCUUCUCAACGCGUCGAAAAACCACGGAGCGGAUUCAAAGCAGACGUUAUAACCGAGUCUUCUACUACCAAAGAAAAAAAUUCCGAGCAGGAAGAAGCCGACUCGCAAAAAUUCGGCGAGCUGCUGAAAAAGUAUUACAAAAUUUCACGCGAUAUCAGAAUGAGUGCAUUAUUGGAAGAGAAAAAAGAGCUAGAAAAAAUGAUCAAAUCGCCAGCACAAAAAUACUACGAGGGUUCGCGCGAAGAUAGGUUACAGGCGUUGGAAGAAGAAAGAGAAUUAAUGGAAAAGCUCAACGAUAUAUCGGAAGAAAAAAAAUUGAGAAGAAGCCUUCCAACAACUUAGUAUAUUCGUUUUAUUUCAAAUAUGAUUGGAAAAUUUACGAUAUCAUCGAAUCGUUUCAAUAAUGUGUAAUCGUUAACAUUAAAUUUUUGACGUGUUCCUAGC